AUGGAUGCUAGAGACAAGCCUGUUUUGACUAUGUUAGAAAGAAUUCGAUUGUAUAUAAUGUUGUUGAUGGCUGGAAGAAGGGUUUUAUGUGAGAAAUGGCAUGGACAAGUUGGACCAAGAAUUAGAAAGAUAUUAGAGAAAAACAAAGGAAAAGCUCAGUGGUACAUUCCUAAGGUUGCUGGACAGAAUAAGUUUGAAGUAAUGCACCAUAGUGGCCACAACUUUGUUGUUGAUUUGAAUGCCCAUUCUUGUUCAUGUCAUGCCUGGGAUUUGAAUGGAAUACCAUGUUUGCAUGCUUGUGCUGUAAUAAGUUGGUUUCAUGGGAAUCCAGAGAACUUUUGUGAUGCAGUGUACAAGCGAGAUGCUUAUUUGAGAGCCUAUGAACCAAUGAUUAUGCCUAUGACUAGCCAAGAUCAGUAG